AUGCCACUACGCCUGACCAGCCCGCAGCUUCGCGCUCUUUCCACAAAGUUUGACAAAUUCGACCUCUAUGGGGGCCGGCCCAUCCCCGCCAAUAAGCAGCGGUUGAUCCCUACCUCGGGGAGCUACCCAAAGGGCUUCAAUGUGGGCAGCACUCGCGCUGGCAUUAAGCCUGCCGGUAAUACUCAGCCAGACCUACUUAUUGUUGCCUCAGAUACCCCAGCAUCAGGCGCCGCGGUCUUGACCAAGAAUGAAUUUUGUGCUGCUUCUGUGACGGUCACCCGCGAGCUUAUGCGCCGUACCAAUGGUGCUGGGCUGCGAGGCGUCAUUGCGAAUUCUGGAUGUGCCAAUACUCUUACCGGCCAGGUGGGACUUGAUGAUGCGACUGCCAUGGGCCGCGAAGCUGCAAAAUGUAUACCCAAAGGAACGGCCGAUGAUGGAUCAUCUCUGAUGGUUAUGCAUACGGGCGCAGGUGCCCAACGACUGCCGAUCCACAAUAUCCUGCAUCAUAUACCUGAAUUGACUCAAAAGAUGGGAAAUACACAUGAUCACUGGCUCGAGGCCGCGGUCGCCUUGAGUACAACCGACACGUAUCCUAAAUUACUCUCGAGGACCUUUAGUCUGCCUUCCGCACCGAAAACCAACUUUUCCCUCGCUGGUCUCACCAAAGGCGCCGGUAUGGUCCACCCGAACAUGGCCACCACGCUAGGAAUCAUUUGUACGGACGCUCCAGUGACACCAACCGCCCUACAGGUCCUCCUUCGAGGUGCUGCAUCGAAGUCAUACAACUGUAUUUCUAUCGACGGUGAUACAUCUACCAAUGACAUGGUCACCAUGUUUGCCAAUGGUGCAGCAGCUGCAUCUUCUAGCCAGCCCGCGGUGGACGUCUCACCAGAACCUUCAGCCGACUUUGUCGCCUUGCAGCACGUUCUCAGCGGGUUCAUGUCUGACAUGGCCAAGCUGGUUGUGCGAGAUGCCGAGGGUGCCUCGAAAUUCAUUACUAUUCGGGUGCGUGGAUCGACAUCUUAUGAUGCGGCUCAUCAUAUUGCGUCAGUGAUCGCGCGCUCUGUGCUCUGGAAGACGGGAAUCUAUGGACGAGAUCCGAAUUGGCAUGGAAUUUUGGCUGCACUCGGAUAUUCCCUUCUCGACACCUCGUUUGCCGGGCAGGGUAUCAUCAUCCCUGAGCAGACAUCGGUUAGUUUCAUGGAUGGCUCUGAGGCCGUCAAAUUUUUGGAUCGCGGGGUACCGGUGCCCGUUGACGGGGCAAAGAUAAAACAAAUCAUGGACAAAGAAGACCUAGAGACUAUCGUAGACUUGCGGUAUAAUGCUUCGCAAGAAAUCACCCCCGAGGAGGCAGUUUAUUGGACGUGCGACAUGACGCAUGAUUUUAUUUCAAUGAACUCGGGAGUUGAAAUUAGAUAG